AUGCAGCCAGGUGACAGCAAAAUCACUGGCUACUACGUUGGAUACAAGGCAGAAGCCGACGGCCGCGCCGAAUCGUUUGUCUACAAGACGGUCGAGUCUCGUCCAGGGAAGAGUCAAGAGUGCGACAUCAAAGAUCUGCGUCCUGGUACUAAGUACACGGUAGUCGUUCAGGCCUACAAUGGGAAGGGACCCGGACCCACGUCGGAAGAGACUGUCGGAGAGACCCAAACAUCUGAUAUGGCUUCCCUUUUUCGUGUGACCGUCAACUACACGUCGUCAACGGAAAUACGUAUAAUUUGGCACGACAUCAUCGGGUCACGGCACGGCUACAAGCUCUUCCUCCGACCAAAUGCCAGUGACUGGGAAGCAUACAAAGUGCCUGGAACCACGAAUGGGUACACAUUCAGCAACCUGCGCUGUGGGACGCGUUAUGAAAUCUACGUCGAAGCUGUCGGCGACAACAGGCCUAGAAUGACGUCCAUUAUCACUGCCAGUACUAAAGGCUCUGUGCCAGUGGCCCCGGCACACCAGCAGCCGCUGAUGGUGGACAGCGAGAACGUCCCGCUCGACCUCGAGGCUUUCGGAGACGGUGGUUGCCCCAUUGGUCACUACGUGGUCAAGUAUCGGGCGCUGGACGACGCCGAGUGGACGGUCCGUGUCCAAGGAGGGCAGCAAGGGCCAUGUGGUGCACUGAAUAACCUGGAGAGAGGACGCCGCUACAAGCUCCUCCUCGGUGCAGCCAACUCGGCUGGAUACACCGAGCGGCUGUACGAUAUGCACGUGGCACCCGCCGCCAGCAAAGGCGUAUCGGAAACUUCUACGAGUGCGGCAUCUCAGCAAGAGAUGCAUCGCAAGCUGGCUGUGGUCACUUCAAUUGUAUGCUCCGUGGUGGUGCUCAUUGUCAUCAUUGUGGCCGCCUGCGUAGAACUGGGGCGCAGGAGAAGAAGAGAGCGUGCUGAGGCUGCCGCCUCAGAAAUAUACGCCGAACCGCGCCUUAAACCCCCUUCCAAGUGCGAGGAGGUUGCACUGGCCAGUUGGGACAAACAGAAGGAGCCGUUGCCGACACCCGCUCGCAACGGUGAAAUACCACAUCAGCAGCAGCAGCAGUUGCAGCAACAGCAGCUGUACGCACCCUGCCCGUACGGCACCUCGUCGGGACGACUGCGGCAGCACGUCACUGAAGGCACUCUAGGAAGGCGGCAGCACACUAGGGCUGAGAUCGUCGAGGAAUUCUACGAUAUGCCUUUGCCGCCGGGGUUUCGGUGCUAAUAGUAACUAAUUUGGCACGGUAGUAGUGACUCACGUGCAUCUGCGUUAAACGUGCGCGACCAAGGACCACUCUGUGAAUCCGUCUCUUCGAGGAUUUUGAAACCACAGAUUUCCUUCGACCGCCCACUGGUGAAGAGACUGGAAAACCAAAAUACGUGCUUGUGUGUAUGUGCAAAGUGUGUCUGUGUGUGCCAGAGCGACUAGAGCGUCUUUGACUUGCGUGCUGAAGAGCUAAACUGAACAAGAUACGAAGAAAAAGAAGUGUGACGUUCGUUCUGCACCUUACACGUACGGCAGUGAUCAAGCGAGACUCAAGACGUGAGCAGUGUUCCGAAGUGAACGCAUCUUGGCUGUCGCCGUGCCUGCUCAUAAUGCAGCCCGCAUUUUCAACAAGACGGUCGUCCAUAGGUUCAAGCAGGAACACUCCGCAACACUUCAUUGUGCGUAGACUUGAUUGUGAUACGACGAACGCUAUCUGUGGCGCAGCGUAGUGUAGAUAGCCGGUUGCCAGCGGCCUCAAUUACUUUGGUCGCCCGGAAACCUGACUUUGUCAGUCACGAAGUGUGGCUUGGACAUGUCUUGGACUCAACGUUUCGACUGUGGUUAAUGCGUAAAAGAUGCUGUUCGUAGGUGUCCACUAUAAUCAAUCGCUUAAAAGCAUGUUUUUUCAGGCGCAUGAACAGCACCUACUCCCUGGAGCCAUAAUUAUUGGGAAAAAUUACUAUAACAGAGACUGAAUUUAUUAACCGUCGGCGUCGUUGCCCUUCUCGUAUAGUGUUGAUUGUUUGUUAUAAAGCACUCU